GUUUGAAUCGUUAGUAAGACUUAAUUUGAAAAUGAACUUUUUAAUUGGUGGUGGCACGGGAUUAAUAGGUCGAUCCCUUGUUUCAUCACUUCGAUCAACUGGACAUCAUGUACAAGUUAUCACGCGCAGACCAAAGGAAAGAAAUGAUUUGAGCUGGGUAGACUCCUUUUUAAAAUAUAAAGAGCUUACGUAUUAGGAUUCUAUCAAGAAGAAUGGUUUACCAAAAGAUGUAGAUGUUAUUGUAAAUUUGAGCGGUCGAAACGUUGGUGAAGUUAACCCACUAUUUCUUAUUAAACAGUCAGCUAACUUUACUUACACUCACAUUUAUUUUCAUGAAUCGCAGGAAUUAUGAUAAAUAUAUUGACGAAGUUUUUUCCAGUCGUUUAGAUACAACCAAGCUUCUUGUUGAUUUAUCAAAAUCUGCCCCAAUUAAAGCAUUCAUAAAUGCAUCAGCGAUUGGUUUCUACCCUCCUGAUCCGCAAAUCACAUAUGAUGAAUCUGCUCCAUUCAGAGACUAUGGCUUUAUUACAAAUCUUGUUAAACGAUGGGAAGAUGCAGCUCAAAUACCCUCUAGACCUGAUAUUCGUCAAAUUCAACUGCGAAUAGGUGUAGUUCUUAGCCAAGACUCGAGUUUCAUUCGUACUUUUCACCGCAUUUAUCUCCUGGGGUUUUGUAAUCCGAUUGGUACUGGUCGCCAAUGGAUAUCUUGGAUUCAUUUAGAUGAUAUGGUUAGAAUAAUUGAAUACGUUGCUGACCCUAAACGAGUUUUUUCAAGCGGACCUGUCAAUUGUACAUCACCUAAAUCUGUUCAACAGGUUACUUUUGCUAAAGCCAUGUCUGAGUCACUUGGUGCUCCGAGUAAUAUCCUUUCCAAUGUUCCAGUCCCAUCGUUUCUUUUUACUUAUCUCCUUGGUCGUGAUCGUGCUUCCUUAGCUGUAGACGGUCAGCGUGUGAUUCCUAAGAAGCUCCUCAAUGCAGGGUUCGAGUUCACUUACCCUGAUUUAGCAGAUGCUUUGGAGAAUAUUUUCGGUCGUCGACCCCGUUCAUAAAAGUCAAAUUUUCAAUUUUUAUUGAACGAGGUUAUCUCUUAAUGAAAUAUAACUAACCAAGUUUUUCUCUUGUUAUCUGUUCAACCAUGAUAGUUAAAUCUAUUUGCACCUAAGUACCUUUCUACUGUCUCACAUAUGUAUUAUUUUUUCCAACGCUAAAAUUAUGACUCUUCCUACAUGGAGACUUUGUGUUAUGUAGCUGUUUCACCACUCACCAGUAAAUUCGAAUAUUUCAAUUUUUAGGAGCUAGUCUUUGCUACUUUGUGUAUAACUAAGCAAUACAAUUCUUUAUAAUCUGCAAGUUUUUUUGCUCUGCUAUGAUUUGUAAUGAUCGUCGAACGUGUGUGUCGGUCGAUAACACUAAUAAAAUCUAU